UAGCAACACCUGGACUCCAGGUGGUCACGUGACGUGUUGUCCUCACGUGACGUGACUGAGCGUUUCACAAAAUAUAAACGUAUUGGACAACGCUGUAUAGCUAUAAAACAAAACAAAAACAAACAAAAAAAACAACGAGUUAGAUUUUAUAUGGUAAGGUGUAGCGUGUACUCGGGCUGUUGUCUGAGCUAUUAUUUGGUUGGAGAGCGGUUUUGGAGAGGUUUAUCGACUGUUUAAUAAUUGUAAAGACAGUAAUGAGAGGAGCGUAAUUGUGUGGAUGGAGGGAUCACCCGUGAUCACGAUGUCAGAUCUCUCUAUAUCCAUGGUAUGAUUGAUGAAACUACACCCGGUGCUGUGAAGGCGCUCGUGCGCGCGUAAAACUGUCAAUGAAGCAUGAGUUCUGAAGUUAACCCUCCAGCUGAUCUCAGGAACUGCCCCAUGACCUCAGAAAGUACCAGAGAUGACAUGGAUCAUGAAGACACUUGCAUGACUCAGUCUUCUCUCUUGUACCUUCUUCAUGAAGCCACUAAGCUUGUUACACCACCAGAACAGCACAGUCUGGAUGCAGACAAACUCCAUGAUGGCUCCAAAGAGACGAUUGUUUCACACAACUUGACUAGCUUGAAGCAAAAAGGUCAGGAAGUUAGAACUGUCAAAACACAGCCUAGCUUUACAGCAGGCUUGUCUGUGUUGAGCAGUAGUCCAUGGGAGGUGAUGAGUCUCAUAAACCUCCAGUGUGAGAGGCUGCUGCACUCUGGUGGAACAGAGGAAGAAGACUCCAAAACCCACACGACUAAAAUAAAUACUAAAUCUAAAGACAGAGAUGUUGCGCAAGAAUGGUCCUCGUUUCCUUCAGCUGGUUUUACUUCUUGUACCAUGUCCUCGAGAGCUGAUGCGAUGGAACUUGCGAUGGAGUCUGAUGUUUGCUGCUCUGUUCCACAUAUCGAUCCAACUGAUCACCUGUCAAUUCGGCGCACUGGUGAGAACCGUGAAAGUGCAACAAUCAGAGAUGUAGAGGAUCUUGCAGAGCUAAUUUCUGAGACCACAGAGGACAGUUUACUUUCCAGCAGGGUAAUGAGUGAAGAAAGGGCUGACCCCUGUUUCCUGGGUGAAACAUCAGAGCUACCACUUGACUUGACAAAACAAGUGGAAAUUUGUGAACACACCGUAGAGAACGGUGAGGGUGUGAAUGAAAUGGCGAGUAUUUCGUCUAUAUCCAAGUCUCCACACAGUCGUGAAAUAAGCUCUGUUGACUUUACAUCAUCGUUGGUUGCUGAAAAAUAUGAAGACUCUUGCUUUUCUUUCAAUGAAGGUGAAAAUCCAGAGUGUGAGAGUGCAUUGUUGUCAGAAACCCCACCAUCAAGAACAGAUUUAAACAAUAACCUGGAGGAUGAGAAGGUCCGGGAGGCCGAAAAGAUUCUUACUGCGAUCUCCGCACAGUCCAGUUGGGGUAACCGAAGGAGGACGCCUAGGAAGCAGGCUCACCCUGCACGCAGUGCUGAUCUCCAAGACCCAGGGCUUCAGGGAGUCAUGUUCAGCAUGCACCCAGAGCUGGAUCACAGCACAGAUCAGUGCCGCCUCCUCAUCACCUCCAACUACAGUAAGCUGUGCAGGCGUGGCAGGAGGAGCAGAAGCUAUAGUUCCACAUCACUGCAGAAUUCCCAGCGAACCAGCAGCUCGGAAGAGGAGAGUGACUCGGCCAGCCUGUACAAGAAGAUAUGUGCAUCAUGCUGCACAAAGAAGACUCCUUUAUGGCGAGAUGCGGAAGAUGGUACUCCACUCUGCAAUGCCUGUGGGAUCAGACUAAUGAAGAAAAACGAGAACAAUCCCCACUUCUGUUGUUCUGACUGGAAAUCCUGGUUUGAGCAUGACAGGUAUAAGAAGUACCGCGUGCGCUGUAUGCAGUGUUGGAACAUUCCCCGGAAGGAGGCCAGCUCCAACUCCAAGUGUUUGAAGUGUGGAGAUCUCCUCCAACUCUCCUCGCAAAGCAAACGGGCUGGAUGGUAGGACGGACCCGUUUUCUAGAAUCCAGUCUCCAUGUGCUCUAGAUUGUUCUUCUCAUAGGUGGCCAGUUUUCACUUGGGAAUUCUAGGACAACUUCGGUUGUUCAGAAUAUUCAUAUAAAGCAAGUGUGUACUAAUGAAUAAAAAGCAUUUCUCAGCUGUAACCAGUCCCACAUCAGCUUUAUAACUAUAUGGAAAGUAAUCUAUAAUAUUCCGGUAGUGUCUGUGUGUUUUGUAAAAGAUCUAGCUGGAAUAGUUCUUAAUAUUGUAAAGACUUCCAUAUAUUUGUCACUCUUUUUUUUUUUUUGUUAUAAUUAAAAUUAAUAUUUGAGCAUAUGAA